UUGGUUAUAUAUACUCCAAAUUCGAUGGUUGGAACAGAGAGCCCUUCAGUCUCAGCCUGACCAGAUGAAUUCCAGCAUGCGGUGGCUGUCGUUCGCCGUCUGCUUCGUGGCUUUCGCCGCCUCUAAGGGCGAAGAGACACCGGAGCCUCCAAUUCAACCAUUUAGAGGCGAAGAGACAAAGGAGCCAAUCAUUAUACCAUUUAAAGCUGAGGGGACUCUAGAACCUCAAAUUGUCAAUAUUAGGGACGAUCAGACACCGAAGCCUCAAAUUAUACAGUUUAGGGCCGAGGGGACUCUAGAACCUCAAAUUGUCAAUAUCAUAGAUGAAGAAGUGGAAAUCGAAGAGGAUGACUGGAAUGAGAUGGAAGACGAAGACGAGGAUGACGAGAUGGAGCCUCUAGCCCAAGACUUCAUGGACACUAACCCAGAGGUUGUGGACGGUGAGCUUGUUUUUGAGGGGGACAUAGUUCUCACAGACAAACAAUGGCGCAGCAUCAAGGAAAGGAAAGGCCUGGCAUCUAGUAGCUCUCGCUGGCCUGAAGGCUCCGACGGCUACCCCCUAGUGCCGUACAUCUUUGAUAACAACGCAAACUUGGACAAACCCGCCAUCGUCGCUGGAAUGGACCACUGGAUGGAACACACCUGCAUCAAGUUCGAAGAAACACAGAACACCAACCAGCCACAUCUCAAAUACAUUUACGGCGGCGGGUGUUAUUCGUACAUGGGCAAGCAAAACAGAAACGGACAAGACGUCUCCAUCGGUAACGGCUGCAAUUCUCUUGGUGUCGUCGCCCAUGAGGUCGGACACGCCAUGGGGUUCGCGCACGAGCAAAGUCGUCCAAAUCGUGACGACUAUGUGGUCAUCAACCUUGAAAACAUCGAUUCUGAUAGACAGUUUAACUUCGACAAAUACAGCACAACCUUUAUUAACGACCAGAAUAUUGAAUAUGACUACUCCUCAGUCAUGCACUACGGUCCCACGGGCUUCACCAUCAACGGCAAGACGACCAUCUCCACCAAAGACCCACUCGCGCAGCCCAUCAUCGGCCAGCGCUCGGGACUCUCUCACCGUGACAAGCAGGUGGCUAACAUCAUGUACGGCUGCAUUGGUAAGUGGCUUGCCAAAUGCGGCGUGGGUAGUGACCCUUGCCAGAACGGAGGUUAUUAUGGAGCAAACUGCGCCUGCGUGUGUCCCGCGGGCACAUCAGGGACCAACUGUGAGACAGUGACGGGAGGCUACUACGACGAUUUUCAAAACUCCUGCACAGAAGUAAUCGAACAGGAGGGUACUAUUACCUCACCCAACUACCCCAACAACUAUCCGGCAGCCAAAUGCGUCAAGUGGAUCAAGGCUCCGAGCUGUCACGUCCCCAAGCUGACCUUCUCUGAUUUCGAGAUGUACAGAAAGAACGCUUAUUGUUCUGGAAAUAGCUGCUGCUACUUCGAUGCCCUGGAGAUAAGAAAAGAUAAUAUGAACUACGGAGACGUUUACUGUGACAAAGACAUUAGUGUCGGCCAGGCCAUCACCGGCGCCAAUCAGGAAAUGAUCCUCUUCUUCAGGACGAUAUCUACUUACCACAAGGGAUUCUCUGCGGAAUUAACCUUCGUGCCUAAGGAGGGCUGCAGUAAUCCCGUCACAACAGCCAAACCCGCCACAACAUCCAAACCCGCCACAACAUCCAAACCCGCCACAACAUCCAAACCCGCCACAACAUCCAAUCCAGAGACAACAUCCACCCCAACGACAGUAGAGACGACCACUGAGGCGUCAGGACCUAGCUGUUUACUUGAAAACAAAGACGGGACGUAUUACUGGAGUUCCCCCAAUUUUGGCAGCGGCGACUACCCUAGCAACUCCUUCUGUGGGUUGUCGGCAACAGGGCAAAGCCCUGCUUCAAUCACACUGGAGAGCUUCAAACUGCAGAGAAAAGUUAGUAGGCAGUGUGUGGACUAUGUGAAGCUUACUCGCGAGUUCAGCAGAGUUAGAACGUUCUGUGGGUCUAAAUCAGUAAGAACGUUUACAUCGACAUCUUUCAACUUCCAAAUGGAAUUCAUCAGCGACGACUCCAUCAAUAAAGCAGGCUUCAACAUAGCAAUUAAGGCUGGAGCCUCAGACUGUCACAAGACACUGAGUCCAGCUGCAGGUGAGACUGGAACGAUCUCCAUUUCUUCGAAGCAAAGAGCUUGUGAAUACCGCAUCUUGGCUCCUGAUGGACAUCAAGUGCGUGUUGACGAGGUUGAGCCAAAGGUUCGUAAGUCUUCGAACUGUGUAAAGGACUGGAUUCUGCUCAACGGCAAAAGUGAAAGCAUGUACCCCAAGGACACCAGCGAGAUCAUUUGUGGGUGGGCUAAAGUCACGUCUCCCAUGACAUCAACAACCGGAGAAAUGUACGUGGGAUACAAGGGGAGCAGGAGGAGCCGCGGCUUCCAGCUCACGUACACCAUCGUUUAGAACUAUGGUGGCCAAAUCUUCUUUCACAUAUGACAUGAACGAUCUGACCCAGGUAAUAUCUUUCGAUAUUAAAGAUUUUCUAUGUCAUGUCACUAGUGGCUAGAGUUUCUUACCUCUUUGUGGUACAGUUUCUAACUCCAUAUUACUACUACGGUCAAGGGUCCACCAAAGUUUAUAUUACUGAAUAGAAGUUUGUAAGUCGUAUUAUAUAAAAUAUCCUUAUUGAGAAAAUAUUACUGAGCUCAGCACUGCGGCUGUUUUCCAGAAGCUACCUGGGAACAAAAAUAAUAAACUUCUGAUGCAACAUA